AGAUCCUUGCUGGUUUAAAGGUUGUUCUCAAAGAUGUAAUACAUUUGAUUUGUCAAGUAAUUGUUCUUGUUAUUAUGGAUAUAUUUUACAAAGUGAUGGCAAAACGUGCUUAUCCUUGCAUUGCUAAAGGUUGUUCUCAUUUAUGCAAUACAUAUGGUUCGUCAGCAAACUGUUCUUGUUAUUCUGGAUACAUUUUACAACCUGAUGAGAAAACGUGUUUGCGUGAUCCUUGCAGAGCUAAAGGUUGUUAUCAUUUUUGCAAUACAUAUGGUUCGUCAGCAAUUUGUUCUUGUUAUUCUGGAUUUAUUUUACAACCUGAUGGGAAAACAUGUUUAAGUGAUCCUUGCAGAGCUAAAGGAUGUUCUCAAAAAUGCAUUACAUAUGGUUCGUCAGCAAGUUGUUCUUGUUAUUCUGGAUACAUUUUACAAUCUAACGGCAAGACAUGUUCGCCAGACCUUUGCUGGAUCCAUAGUUGUUCUCAAAUAUGCAAUCAGUAUGGUUCGUCAACCAAUUGUUCUUGUUUUAAUGGAUUUAUUUUACAACCUGAUGGCAAAACAUGUUUGAGUGGUGGUUGUGGCUCUAAACGUUGUUCUCACAACUGCCGUAGUGAUGGUUGGUCAGCAUAUUGUUCAUGUUUUUCUGGAUAUGUUUUACAACCUGAUGGCAUAACAUGUGUUACUGACCCAUGUGAAAACAAUCUCUGCAAGCAUGAGUGCAACGUUAAAUUCUACAACGGGGUACCAGUCGCAAUAUGUGGAUGUAAAACUGGAUAUUAUUUAACUUCAGACGAUAGAUGUUUAGUUGAUCCAUGUAGUUUGGAACCAUGCAGUUACCAUAAAAAUUGUUCUGUGGUUUCUGGUCAGGCAGUAUGUUCAGCAUGUCCAAAGGAUUAUUAUGAAACACAAAAUGGCAAAUGCUUUUUUGGUGAUAAUCCAUGUGAUCAAAAAAAUUGCUACAAUUUAUCAUAUUGCGCAAUAAUAUCAGAAUAUUAUGCAAAAUGUUCAUGUCCUCCAGGAUAUUAUUUGUUAAAAGAUGGACACAGAUGUUUAUCUGGUACAAAACUAUCAAGUGUAUCUAUUGUUCUAAUCUUUUUUGGAGUUAUAUUCUGCUUGUUUUCAUUUGCUUUUCUUUCUAUAAUAUGUCUCCGACAUAAACGCAAAGUGGAUUUUCCUGUUACUGUGCAAUUUUACGCAGCAUCUCAAAGCGCGGUUGUACAAGGGGUGGCUCAAAAUCACCUAAAUAGUGUCGAUAUUCAGAUAGGAGUAAACAAUUCGACUGAUUCAAACAUUUUUCAUCCUUCAAAUGAGAUUGGAGUUGACAACGCAGCUCAUUUUAACAUAGCUCCUCCUCCGUAUGAACGAUCGGAACAAACACUUUUUGCAUCAGCUAUUUUUAGUACUGAGUCUCCACCAGAAUACUCUAACUAAUUUAUUAUGAAAGAGAAGCUCUAUUGAUUUGAUUAAAAAGUUUGCUUUACAAAGAUUCGCAAAAAAAUCUUCGUUUGACUAAAGCUAAAUCUUCAAAAUGUUUAACGAAAAAUUUUGCUUAAAUAAAGAUUUUUUAUUAUAUUAAUUUUUAUAAUAUUUAAUUUUUAUAAUAAUUCUUUAAAAAUAUGUAUGUAUCUUAAGGAAGAACCCAUAAAGUACCUACGCUGUAAAACCGCUGAUUUAGAACAUCCUUUCCCUUGUAAGCACCUAUAUGAAUUUAAACACUCCACCUACCCCCUUAUGCUUUCUUGUGCAUCAUUUAUUUGAAAAGCAACCCCCUUCUCCCCAAUCCUCAAAUUUUCAAAUAUUUGAAAAAACGUUUAGUUAGUUCGACAUAUCUCUGUUAUAUAUUUCAAUAACAAUUUUUAAAACUCGUGAAAUUCAAUUCAUUUCUAAAAAAAAAAAGAGAAUUAAAGUUUUUUUUAAGAACUCCAAAUAAAUGGGGUCAUACCGCAUACGUACAAACACUGUCUUAACCACCCAAUCCUCUUCCCCACCCGCCUUUCUCUCUAGUACGAAUUGUGCGUCUUUAGGUAAACCCUGUCCCGCAUACCUGCGUACGUAGUUUAUGGAAGACCCCUAAUGUUAAAGUAUUGUUUUGUAAUCUUAAAAGUAUUUUUGAUAAUACAUCUUUAUGAAGCA